AUGCCAGAUGAAAAAGAUUAUUUAUUUCACAACAGAAUAAAAAAGGCCAAAAAUAAAAAUUUAUUUUUAAGAUUUUCAAAAUUAUAUAAAUUAGACAUAAUUAGUCAAAAUAUCAAAAUUUUAGGUCAUAUAUUUACUAAAAAACAUAAAUAUAUUUCAUUUAAUUCUAAACAAAAGCAAAUGAGUUGCAACACACUAUUGAUACAAUCGUUGACUUCAGCUCAUACAUUUGCAGAUAAUUUCAAAUGUUUUAAAAAAAAUAUUAAUUUUUAUAAUUUUAUUACAAUAUUAUUUGAAUCUUUAUUUCUACAAAAAAGUUUAAAAAAUUACUCAAUAGAAAAGUUAUCUUUUGAUUCAUUUACAGGACCAAUAGUGUGUAAAGAAGGGGUUUUGUCUACUCAAAGUUUUCUAUCUGAGCGAAUAGAUUUACAAUUCUUUACCUUAAAACCCAUACAACAAGGUACAUUGAUGUUGAAAGUGACAAGGAGAAAAAUAAAAAAAGUAAUAUUUUCUUUGGAUAUCAAAAAUGGUAUAAUUACGUUUAGAGGAAGUUUAUCUAAAACAAUUUCUGUUGAUGAUAUUCAAGACAUUCGUGUUGGUCAUGAUUCUCGUAAUUAUAGAGAGCAGCUGAAAGUUGAAGUAGACUAUGAAGAUAAGUGGUUUAGUAUUAUUUGUCUUGUUAACCAUAAAUUAAAAAUAUUACAUUUAAUAGCACCAACAUCAGAACUUAGACAGCAAUGGGUAAUUCUUUUAAAAAAAACUCAACAAUAUAGAAUAGAAAUGAUGGGAAAACUUGGACUUAUGGGAGAAAAGUUUGAUGGUUGGCUUGAAAAACAUUGGGAAUUAAUUAAAAAAAAUGAUUCUAUUCAGUUUGAAGACAUCGAAAAAUUAUGUAAAAAGCUUCAUGUUAAUGCAUCUAAGGAAUAUUUAAGAAAUACCUUUAACGAGAUAGAUACGUAUUUAGUUGGAGAAUUGAACUUUUCCCAGUUUCAGAAGUUCCUUAAAUUAUUAAAAGAACGUCAAGAAAUCAACAAUUUAUUUAAAACUUAUGCUAAAUCCAAUAAAGACUUUUUAAAUUUUGAGGAAUUUCAAUUAUUUUUAAUAAAUGAACAAGAGUUUAGUGAUAUUUUAGUUAAUAAAGAAAUAUUUGAAAAAUUCUCAGAUAAGCAAAGUAAUCUUAUGUCUAUUGAAAAUUUUACGUCAUUUUUAUUUUCAGAUAAAAAUCCAUUGAUAAUUACUUCUAAUACAGAUAUGUCUCGCCCUCUAAACGAAUAUUAUAUCUCUUCAAGUCAUAAUACAUAUUUGCUAGGUAAACAAUUUGGUGGAGAAAGUAGUAUAGAAGGAUAUAUUAAGGUACUGCAAAGAGGAUGUAGAUGCAUAGAAAUUGAUUGUUGGGAUGGUCCUGAUGGUCCACUAGUAUAUCAUGGUCAUUGUUUUACAACCAAAAUAUUAUUUUAUGAUGUUAUUUCUACAAUUGCAAAAUAUGCAUUUAUCGUUUCUCCUUAUCCUUUAAUUCUUUCACUUGAAAUUCAUUGCUCUUUUUCUCAACAAUAUCUAAUGAUUUCAAUACUGAAAGAACUACUUGGCGAAAUGUUAAUAACAUCAUUAAUAGCUACUGAUUCUAAAGUAUUACCAUCACCGAUGGACUUAAAAUAUAAAAUUCUUUUAAAAGUUAAGCAAAAUUCCAAAUACAAUAAUUUGGAUGUUUUUGGACCAGACACAUCAAAUAGCACUACUACAGAUACUACAGGUUCGUCUGACAUUGAUAUGGAUCUUAUAAAUAUAAAAAAAUAUAAAACAAGAUCUCAUAAAAAAAAUUCUGGGAAAAUUAUCGAACCUCUUUCAAAUCUUUCAGUUUAUAUUAAAAGUAUUAAAUUCCACAAUUUUUCUCUUCCAGAAUCUAAAAUAUUUACACAUAUAUUUUCAUUCUCAGAAAAAAGUUUCAAUAAUAUUAUUAAAAAUUCUAAAACUCAAUUAGAAAAACAUAAUGUUAAGUAUCUUAUGAGGUUAUAUCCUAAUUUUACACGAAUUAAUUCUACAAAUUUUGAACCUCAGCAAUAUUGGCAAAAAGGUGUACAAAUGGUUGCUUUAAAUUGGCAGACUAAUGAUCUUGGGAUACAAAUAAAUGAUGCUAUGUUUUCUGGUAAUGAUAGAUAUGGAUACAUAUUGAAACCGUUAUAUCUUCGUAUGACAGAUGUAAAAUAUAAUGAAUCUAAUAUAAUCUCUAAUUCCAAAAAAAUUCAAUUAGACAUAAAGAUAAUAUCUGCUCAACAGCUUCCUAGAACUAAAGAUUUUAAAUAUAAUAUUUUAAAUCCAUAUGUUGAAAUAGAAUUUAUAAUGUUAAAUAAUGAUCGAAAAUUUUGGAGAACCUGUACACUUUAUGAUAAUGGUUAUAAACCUAUUUGGAAUGAAACUUUUACGACUAUAAUAGAUCAAUUUCAAUUAGAUUUUGUUUUUUUACGAUUUAACAUUUAUAAUGACAAUUCGCCUUAUUCUUUGGAUGAUAUAUUAAUAGCAACAUAUUGCUUAAGAUUAAAUCUCUUACUUCCAGGUUAUAAACAUGUACCUUUGAAUGAUCAAUAUGGAGAAAAAUAUUUAUUUUCUAAUCUUUUUAUAAAUUAUAAAUAUAAAAUUUUUUAA